AUGUCUGCGUUCCGAGCCUGGCAGGCUGAUUUGUUCCUCCUGGAACAAUGGCAGGAAGACUCGUCGCUAUCUAUCGAUGCCCAACGUGAACAAAUUCUCGCUAAAUACAUGACACUCGGAGUCCGUGGCCGUCAGCCAUAUCGGGAGCAGCAGCGAAGACUAAAGGGUAGGUCUGUACAGGGACUUCCACCCCACAGUCAAGAGCUAUUGAACCGUGUUCGCCAACCGAGCUUUGAGCGUCAGUUGGUGGACGGAACGUAUUGGCUCCGAACUUGCUAUGAGCCUUUCUCCGAGGACUCUUGGGCUGAGGUUCAAAGUCACAUUGAAGGCAAGUUCGGUCGGCCUGCAAUUUGCAACGAUUCAUCCUUGUAUAACUUCGGUUCCAACUGGGAGAAGAUUUUUCUUCGUCUGCCACAGCUGCUCGACUGUACUUGCCCUACAGAAGAAUACGAAGAGUAUGUCCAAGAGGCCCUACAAGAUGGAACCGAGGCCGCAAGCCUUGACCCUCAGGCUGCGGAUGAAAGCGGCUACGACCCGGAGGAGGAUGAAAACCCGUGGCCGGAAUUUUAUUCAGACUACCACAUGCGACUAGUCGCAGGACGCAUCCAUAUCGUUGAUGCAACAACCCUUGCUUCCGAAGGCUCCGACGCAGGAACUGUUCUUGUGCUGUGGUUCGACCAGUGUGGGCGGGCAAUCCGUUACUCUCGCGAGUCGCUAGAGGAUGCAUUGGACAUUGCCAAUGUUUCCGAUGCCAUGCUGAACGAAUAUUCGUGUUGGGCCAACGCCCAGAUUGGCCAAUCCUAUGAAUGGGGUGCGCCCCUGGGUCCCCCCUACGAGAAUAGUGGAGAAAGUUCCGGGUAG